AUGGUUCGGCCAUCUAAAAAGCACGAAACUGUUCUUCUCGAUAAUUCAAACCCGAAGUCUGUGACGUGGGUCUCAACGGAUUCAACAGGGAAAGAACUUUCACCAAAGAAGAAGCGUGGGCCAUUCCAGGACCAGCAACUGAGGGAGCAAACGAGUGACACCCGAAAGUUGAAGGCUUGUGUGCGGUGUAGAAUGCAGAAGAUUCGUUGCAACCCCAACCCCAGUGAUCCAAGCGGGGUGUGUCAGACAUGUCAGGAUGUCUCGAAGCAGAAGAUCCACACUCUUCCUUGCAUGCGGUACAAGCUUUCAGAGGCCACCCUCUAUCGAACUGGGAAAGCUCCAGGAUUGGAAUUUACGUUCAGAUGGCCCGUGAUGAAAUUGAGAGAUAUUUCUGAUUGGGCAGCGCCUGAAGUCAGAAAUAUCAAAGUAAUGUCCGACGUAUGUUCAGUUCCAUUGGAGCUGUCCGUCCGGAAGUUCGUUCCGAUUCCCCAAGACAGAUUGAAGAAGUCGUGGAUGGAUGGCAAAACCAUCAAAUUCAAGGAAACCACUCCGUACGCGAUUGUGAACAUGCUUGCAGCUGUCAAGGACAUGCAUGAUUACAUCAACAAACAUGUUUUCGAGGCUAUGGAGUUUUGGCUGCGUGGUAAAGAUGCCUGGGUCCAGGAGACUUUCAAAUUUGCUCGGCAAUACAUGACAUAUGCUCCCCGAGAAGAGGCAUCUGUUCUAGCCGAUUUCUUUCGAUUGUGGUUUGCUGUCCGACGCACGGCUACCACUGAAUAUAUCUUCGGGGACGACACACUCGACAUGGAGCCAGAAAGGACCGAUCGAUCAUAUCCGCUGUUUGGGAAAGUUCCGUUACCGCCCGUUAUGAUCCAACAGCUGGACAUGGUUCUCACGCUCGGUUUCCUCCAACCGCUUGGGAAGAAGGUGCUGGAAAACUUCCAAAAGAUCGUUCUGAGCAACAAGCCAAAGAGCUGGAUGACGAUCUAUCUGAUCACAUUUAUGUCCCUUUACAGUUGCGCGAGGUUGACUGCUGAGAACUAUCAGAAUGCGAGGAAACAUGGGCUCAAGCGGAGAUUCGCCAUGCCAAUGUUCAUCUCUGAACGACACCAAGCUGCGAAUGUCUUCCUGGCCCACUAUCAUUAUUGCACAAAACCGUGCAGUCCGUUCCUCUUGGAUUGGAAGAAGCGUCAACAAACGCCAUUUUCCGAGAUGACAACCGAUGAAAUCGACUUCGUUCUCAGAACUUCAGACAUGGUGAAGGAUAAAAAGGACAGGUUCCGGAGGACCAUGGAAUUUGAGCUCUAUGAAGACGAUUUUUAUUUCGUGUCGCAGAUGUUCGACGAUGAGUGGAUGCCGCGGGACACGGUCAUUGAAUAUGGUGAUGAGACAGUUGCUGGUGUGCCACUGCCCAGGUGCGGUUGA